UCCGCCAUCAUAACCUGCCGCUCUGAACGCUUUCGGGGAAUCAAAAAGGGCGCAACUGAAGGAUUUUCCCACGGCUCUUUAUCUCGCGGUAAUGCACGUGUGAGGGUCCCGGGCCCGGGAGACUGGGUCUGGCUGCCUCGAGGUUAUUUUAUCUUAUUUUAAAACCCCUUCUUCAAUUCCCAGCCACAAGUUGAUGCGCAGCAGAACGUCCGUAAGCAAACUACACGGAAGACUUCCCCUCGCCCCCCCCCCUCAUGUCAGAUUACGAGGGAGACGCCAGUUAAGGGAAUCGGGGAUCAUCAGUUCCAAGUUUCAACGACCGCCGCAAGUUGGGGUAUUUUUCCGGCCCCCUCGUCGUCACCAUGUCGCAGUACCGAGCCUACGACAAGGACGACAGCGUCCCUGUCAUCGAGGCCACUGGCCACAGCGGAUUCGGAGGCGGCUACGGGGACGACUCGAACUCGACGGAUGCCGACUUCUCCGCCUUUGACCCGCACAGCGGCGUCAAACGAGGCCUGAAGACGCGGCACCUCAGCAUGAUGGCCCUGGCGGGCAUCAUCGGCCCGGGCCUCCUGAUCGGCGCGGGCGGCGCCCUCUCCAACGGCGGCCCGGCGGCCCUGCUCAUCGGGUUCGGCGUCAUCGGCAUCAUCGCCUUCAGCAUCAUGCAGAGCCUCGGCGAGCUCACGACGCUGUAUCCCACGGGCGGCGCCUUCACGGGCCUGGCGGACCGCUUCGUCGACAAGGGGUUCGGCGUCGCGCUCGGGUGGAACUACUUCAUCAUUUGGAUGUGCGUCCUGGCCAACGAGUACAACGUGCUGUCCAGCAUCUUUGUCUUUUGGAGUGACAAAGUGCCCUUGUGGGGAUACUUUUUGAUCUUCUGGACUCUUUUCCUAGGUUUCCAACUCCUCGGCAUCGAGGCUUUUGGAGAGGCCGAAUUCUGGCUGGCCCUGAUGAAGCUCAUCGGCUUGGUCGCCUACUUCCUUUUCUCCAUCGUCUACGCCGCUGGAGGGAUUCCCGGCCAGGACGCCCUUGGAUUCCGAUAUUGGCGGGAUCCCGGCGCCUUCACCGACGGCUUCCGCGGCGUCGCCAAGGUGUUCGUCUUCUGCUCGACCUUUUACGCCGGCGUCGAGUCCGUCGCGGUCGCGGCCACCGAGACCAAGAACCCGCGCGUCGCGGUGCCGCUCGCCAUCCGGCAGGUCUUCUGGCGCAUCAUCUUCAUCUACAUGGGCUCGGCCUUCUUCUUCGGCCUCACCUGCCCGGCCAACGCCGACGAGCUCGUCAACGGCGGGUCGCGCGCCGUCAAGAGCCCCAUGACGGUCGCCAUCCAGAACGCAGGCUGGGAGGGCGGCGUGCACCUCAUCAACGCCUUCAUCUUCGUCACCUGCCUGAGCGCCUGCAACUCGUCCAUCUUCAUCGGCUCCCGCACGCUUCUGUACAUGGGCCAGGACGGGAAAGCGCCCAGGAUCCUGGGCAGGACGGACGGCCGCGGGGUGCCGAUCCCGGCCAUCGUAUUCACCAACCUCUGCGGCGCCCUGUCCAUGAUGAACAUCAGCACCGGCGCGAGCAAGGCUUACUCGUACAUCGUCAAUCUCAGCGGCGUCUCAACUUUCCUCGUCUGGGGCUCCAUCUCCUUCAUCCACAUCCGCUUCCGCCAGGCGUGGAAGGCCCAGGGGCACGCCGAAAGCUCGCUGCCGUUCGUGUCGCUGUGGUACCCUUGGAACGCCUACUUCGGCCUGGCGGCCAACAUCUUCCUGGCCAUCGUCCAGGGCUGGACGACGCUGUCGCCCUUCGACGCCGGGUCGUUUGUCGACGCCUACAUCCUUCUGCCCCUGUUCCCCCUCAUCUGGUUCGGGUACAAGUUCUGGUUCAAGACGCACUUCUGGCGGACGAGCGAGAUCGACCUGCUCUCCGGUCGGCGGAGAGACCUGGACGAGUCCCGGGAGAUCGAGACGGGCGAGCAUGAUUUGGACAGACUCCCGUGGUGGAGACGGCUGCUGAAAAGCUUCUAGAUCGAUCGACUGGAAAGCUAGUGAAGUUGUGGCGCGCGGCCUUUGGUCAUGGUCAUGGUGUGAGAUGUCGGAUCCGAGGAUGGAAAAAUGUGUCUUGUCUUCGCCGUCAUAUGCUACACUUACAAAAUAAGGCAAGGCGGUGGCGACCACGCCCCCGACCGAAACGUUGCGAAACGUUUAAGUCUCUGGAUCCCGGCCGGUCACUGGUGCCUCGACGGAUUUGAUGUAGUUUAUAUUCGAUACCCCUUAGUUGAACGUUUGAAAUGACGAAAGCCUCCGAUCCCCC